AUGGUCCUGGACUCAGAGUGCCAGGAUAACUCCUCAUCCUCCUCCGAGGAUUCUGGAGAGGAAACGGAUAAUUCUGUGGAACUAGAGCAGCUGGAGUCCACACACGGCUGGCGUGACAUGGACUGUGAUGAAUUGCGUGCUUAUGUUGGGCUGCUCAUCUUGGCCGGUGUUUACCGGUCAAGACACGAAUCGUCUGGCAGCCUCUGGGGUGAUAAAUGCGGACGGGAUAUUUUUCGAGCCACCAUGUCCCACAAGCGUUUCCAUCAAAUCGGCGGGGCGCUCUGUUUUGAUGAUAAGCUUUCCCGACCCCGUCAGGACAAGCUGGCUGCCUUCCGCAAGGUGUGGGAUUUGUGGACACAUCGCCUGGAGCUGCUCUUCAACCCAGGUAGAGACAUUUGUGUUGAUGAACAGCUCGUCCCGUUCCGGGGAAGGUGCAAGUUCAAGCAAUAUAUACCAACGAAGCCAGCAAGGUACGGUCUAAAAAUAUGGGCUGUAUGCGACGUGGAAACUUCCUACGCCUGGAGACUCCAGGUAUACACCGGUAAAGCUGGCGAUCGCGCAGAGGUGAACCAGGGGAUGCGGGUGGCCCUGGAGCUAACGGAGGGGCUCCAGGGAAACGUGGUGACAUGUGACAAUUUUUUCACGUCCUUUGCCCUGGCAGAAGAGCUGCUGAAGAGGAAAGUGGCCCUAGUUGGAACGAUUAGGAAAAAUAAGCCGGAGCUUCCACCUCGAUUGCUCCAGACAAGAGGGAGAGCGGUCCUGUUGUCUGCGUUCGCCUUCACGCUCACCCACACUCUCGUCUCCUAUGUCUCCCGACGUGGCAAAAAUGUGCUCUUGAUGAGCACAAAACACCGCACUCCGGAUGUGAGCGGGGAAGGGAAGCGAAAGCCAGUAAUCAUCCAAGAUUACAAUCGGUGCAAAGGUGGCGUCGACAACCUUGACAAGGUUGUUGGCACCUAUUCCUCUAGGAGGAAAACAAAUCGCUGGCCAGUGGCACUCUUCCACAACCUGCUGGACGUGUCACUGUACAACUCCUACGUGCUGUGGACCGCUAUUGACCCAUCCUGGAAACAGCAGAAAAAUUACAAACGGAGGCUAUAUGUUGAAGAAGUGGGUGAAGCUUUAGUAAACCCACACAUACUGAAGCGAGGACGCCUUCCCCGCUCAUCAGGUGCUGCAGACAUCGUGACGAGGGGGCAGAGUGCUGCUGCAGGCCCCGCCCUGAUCCCUAGUUCCAAGGGCAGGAGACAGUGCGACUUCUGCGAUGAGAAAAGGAGACGUGUCGUCGGCACCUGCUGCAAAUGCGGGAAGUCCACAUGUAAGGACCACAUUGUGUUCAUUUGCAAAGACUGCGUCAACUGA